GCAGAGGAGCCACCCAUCUCUCUGCCUCUCUCUCUCUCUCUCUGGGCAUCUACAGGUGAGCUCGUAGUGGUCUCAGAGAGCAAUGGGCCAGGAGUCAUUUAUAUAUAGCUUUGUCGCUCGGGGGACGAUGGUCUUAGCUGAGUACACUGAGUUCACCGGCAACUUUCCGGCGAUUGCAGCUCAGUGUCUUCAGAAACUACCUUCCUCCAAUAACAAGUUCACUUAUAAUUGUGACCACCACACCUUCAAUUUUCUACUCCAGGAUGGUUACGCUUACUGUGUUGUUGCAAAGGAAUCUGUUAGCAAGCAGAUCUCUAUUGCUUUUCUAGAACGUGUCAGAGCAGACUUUAAAAAAAGAUAUGGUGGUGGAAAAGCAGAUACAGCUGUUGGCAAAAGUCUCAACAAGGAGUUUGGACCUGUUAUGAAAGAGCAUAUGAAGUAUAUCAUAGACCACGCUGAGGAGAUUGAAAAGCUAAUAAAAGUGAAGGCUCAAGUUUCAGAAGUUAAAAGUAUAAUGUUAGAGAACAUCGACAAGGCUAUUGACAGAGGAGAAAAUCUAACCAUUCUUGCGGACAAGACAGAAACAUUGAAGUCACAGGCCCAAGAGUUCAAAAAGCAAGGAACACAGAUCCGUCGCAAGAUGUGGUAUCAGAAUAUGAAAAUCAAGUUGGUUGUUCUCGGAAUUUUGUUGUUUUUAGUCCUCGUUAUCUGGCUAUCUGUUUGCCAUGGAUUUGACUGUACAAAUGACCAAUGAUCUCUCAGUUUACAUAUAGGUUCUUUUUAAUGAUGUCUAAAUACAGUAAAUAGGGAAGAAAAUCUGGUUUUACGGGGGAUUUUGGCCGCUAAAAAGAAAAUGUUUCCUACCAUAUUUGCUCGCCAGGAUCGUUUAUAGUAUUUA